AGGCAACAUGGCAGACCCGUCUCGAGAGACCCGGCCAUUCCCGAUCUCGGGAGGAGCGGGUCGAGAAGAGGAAGGGAUGGGAGAGGAGAGUAUGCCGGAGGCUGGGUCAUGGGUCGACGCUGUUUCACGAUCACUGGAGAUGUCGUACUUGCUCAAGAGUCGCUCCCCCUGGGUUUACAGCGAGACCAUGUCAGCAGACCCCAUGGAGGAGCAGAGGGCGAGGUCGCUAUCGCAUGCCUCGGCGCAGCCUCCCAUCCUCAGCACGUCCCUCACGUCGCAGGAGGCGAGGGAGACUGGCGAGCAUUCGUCGCGCUCCAACUCGUUGAUGUUGAUGAGGGAGAGCUCGGGCUCGCACAUGAAGAACAUCGGAUUGAAGUCGUUGGAGGACUUUGAUGUAGCGCAGAGAGGGCUGGGUCAGUAUGCAGCAGAGACAGAGAGUCUGUUGUCCGAUCAUGACAUCAUGGGAGGAAGUGGACGAUCGUCGGCAAGGAUAUCCGCGACAGGAGAAGUCGCUCUCUCCUCGUUCGGACAGACUGUCUUCAACGCCCUCAACCUGUUGAUGGGAGUUGGGUUGUUGAGUUUGCCGUACGCUAUGAGACUUGCAGGAUGGUUCGGGAUGGUCAUCCUCCUCAUCUUUUCUCUCUUUACUUGCUACACGGCAAAGCUGCUGGGUCGACUGCAAGGAUUAGAAGGUAUUGGAGGAGACGAAGGUGUUGGUGUUUGUGGUGGUGGAGAGUAUACCCCGAAGAGCAAGCUUCGUGAGGGACCGGGGGCCUACACUAUCUAUGGGUUUCAUGAUAUGGGCAAGACAUACAGAUUGUUACUGCUGUGUUACUUGAUCAUCGAAGGAGAGAAUCUGCAUCAUCAGUUUGCAAAUGUCGCGGUGUUUCAAGAUUGGGCGAGGCAAGACUUCAUGGUCCUGUCCGCGGUCCUCUUCCUACCAACAGUUCUGCUCCGGAACUUGUCAUGGUUGUCUUACUUCAGUGCUCUCGGCGUCUUCUCUUCUAUCAUGCUGUUGGUCGGGGUUGCGAUCACCGGACUGUGGGAAAGCAUUCCUCCCAACCAGAAGUACUGCAGUGCUCCUUGCACGGGAAGUUUGAUUCGUCCAUCCCCGACCGACGACAUUCACUUGGACUCGCUGACGAAAGUGAUCGGCUUAAUCAUGAUCUCCUGGUUCGAGAGGAUCAUCAACGUCGCUGGCACCAUGGUGGGUGUCGUUUGCGCAAUCAUCGGCACCGUCGCAUCGAUGAUGCAUCCUGGAUCGGAAGCAUGA